GACCGUGUCCCGUCGUGCCGGUCAUUCCAGUUGGAAAUUGCAUCUGGACGUAUCACACUCUGCUGUCAAAAGCCGUCAGAGUAGUGUGGUUCAGCGUCGAAUCAAAGGAUGGCGUCGACCUCCCGCCGCAUGGUCGCAUCAUCCGUCCUCGUCUUCCUGCUGCUGCUCGCCGCCUCAGAGAUGGGGACGACGAGGGUGGCGGAAGCGAGGCACUGCCUGUCGCAGAGCCACAAGUUCGUCGGCGCCUGCCUGAGCAAGAGGAACUGCGCCAACGUCUGCAGGACGGAGGGCUUCCCGUGGGGCGAGUGCAGGUGGCACGGCAUUGAGAGCAAGUGCCACUGCAAGCGGAUCUGCUAGCCGGCCGGCUGCACUGCAUGCAGCGUUGAAGCAUGAUCUCAUAUCGACCUGCCGGUCCGUUUGGGUUUGCUGUUAUUUGUUGCGAUGUUUGCGCGUCGCCGCCGUACGCCGUCCCUGCUAGCUGUGGGCUGUGGCUCGCGGCCGGUCAUCACCACCUUACAAUCGUGCGUGUCCGUACGUGUGCGUGUCUUCAGUUACUCCUAGACGUACGUGGGUGUGUGAGUGUGUGUGUGUCUCGUGAACCGGCCGGCUUCACGUGCUGUGGUUUAGUUUUUACAGUUUAUUUCUAAUGUGUGUUUUAGCUUCUACCUGGAAUAAUAAAGUUUGUCAGUCGUUGCGUGUUGCGUAUUUGCGUA